AACCAUCGUAUAUAUAUAGAACCUCUCUGCUCUCAUUGUUCCACCACACCAUCUCAAACAAAGAACAAGAAUUUAAACAUAAAACACAGUUUCAAUUUUCAGAGAGAAUCAAUCUAAAGAUGAGUCCCAAGGCAUUGCAAGUAGUGAUCUUUCUUGGUUUCUUGGCUACUUCAUGUCUCUCUCAAUCUCCGGCGCCGGCACCAACCACCACCGUUUCUCCACCGACGUCACUUCCUCCGGUGACAGCUGAAACACCUUCUCCAGUUGCUUCACCGCCGGUUCCAGUUAGCGAGCCAACGCCUGCUCCAACCACCGCUCCAACCACUUCUCCAACAACAUCUCCUGUUGCAUCUCCUCCUCAAACCGUUGCUCCAACUUCUGGUCCUUCCUCUGGAUUAACUCCUACUUCAGCUCCGGCUGCCGGACCAGACGCAGCUGCUGAUGCGCCUGGAAGCGCCGCAUGGGCUAACCAAGCUUUCCUCGUGGGAACAUUUGUUGCCGGAGCAUUAUACGCUGUCGUUCUGGCUUAGAGAUCUUUUGAGUUCGGUGGAUGCCUUGAUCCUCUGCUUUUCGAUUACCGUUUUAUUAAUUACUUCUUUAUCUGUGAUUUUUAUUAUUAUUAUUUGUAUAAUUCUUAUUGUCAUGAGGAUGGACAUAGAGAGUAGACGAUAUUAUUAUCCAUUUUUAUAUAAACUAAAAGUAUUCCUUCAAAU